AUGGUCUCGCUUGCGGGCUGGUGGCGUUUCGACGACUCCCGCGCCGAGUUCCUGGGCGGCGCGGCCGACGAGGCGGCCGCCGCGCGGGUGCUCGGGGAAGGCAACUACCUGCUGCUCUUCCAGAGGCGCGACGCCCCUGCGGUGCCCGAGCAGCUGCGGGAGCAGAGCCACCGGAGGCCGCAGGACUGGCCGCACGUCCGCCCGGGAGGCGAGGAGGCCGAGUGGUCCUUCUUGGACACGGCCGAGCUGUCGCGGUCGUUCCUCAGCUGA